GGCAGGACUGUUGAGAGCAGGUGGAAGCCGCACUGUGUCGCUACUGCUGCUCUCUGCCUGCCUCUCACGAAACACUAACCCAUUGGGGAGAGAGCUGAGAGCGCAGAUCCGAGGCAAGGCAACUCCAGCGCAGCAGUCAAGGAAUAUUCAGCGAACAUCAUAACUUAUUAUUUUUUGAAAGCACAGCGUUAGAAAACACGGAACGGGUGGGAUCAUAAGUUGUCACCUCGUCUGAAUAAAUAAGUUAGGCUAAUGAAAUGGCAUUAGGUUUUUCUGUGUACGCUUGACUAUCAGGAAAAUCGAAACGCCGCUCAGCUCGCGAGGGAGUGCAGGGAUCAUAUUUCCCUACUCUCUGUGAUCACAUUACUUGCUCGCAGCCGAUACCCUGGAAUGGACUUAUCCAAUAGCUAAUGCCAAGACUGGAUCUAUUUUAAUUACAUUGUUUUUAAAGACACUGCGUUUUUUUAAAGUUCGCUUCUUCUAACCUUUUUAUAAUUGAAGGGUUGUCCCAAAACUCCGCGGCAAUGGGGGAGCAGCCAAUCUUCACCACCAGGGCCCAUGUGUUCCAGAUUGACCCGACCACCAAGAAGAACUGGGUCCCAGCCAGCAAACAGGCAGUCACCGUUUCCUACUUCUACGACUCCACACGCAACAGCUACCGCAUCAUCAGUGUAGAUGGAUCCAAGGUGAUCAUCAACAGCACCAUCACCCCAAACAUGACCUUCACCAAGACCUCCCAGAAGUUUGGCCAAUGGGCUGACAGCAGAGCCAACACAGUGUUCGGACUGGGGUUUGCCUCCGAGCAGCAGCUGGCCAAGUUUGCUGAGAAGUUCCAGGAAGUGAAGGAAGCAGCGAAGCUGGCCAGGGACAAGUCACAGGAGAAGAUGGAGACAUCGAGUAACAAUUCCCAGGAGUCGGGUCGUGAGACCCCCUCGUCCACCCAGGCCUCCAGCAUCAACGGGACGGACGAUGAGAAGAUCUCCCACGGAGGACCGGAGACCGCAGCGCUGAUGAGCGAGAACGACAAACUCAAGACCACUGUGGAACAGAGUAACACCAAUGCUAAGAAGUUGGAGACAGAGCUCCAGACUCUACGGGACAGUAAUGCUCGGCUGGUAGACGCGCUAACGGAGUCCUCCGCUAACGUAGAGAUCUGGAAGAAACAACUCAACACCUGCAAGGAGGAGAGCGACACACUGAGGGAAAAGAUAGCAGAGUUGGAGUCUCAGUGUGAAAAGGCCAACGUGGAGAAGGAGAGGAACUCUAAGCUGACUGUACGAGUUCAGGAGCUGGAGACGGAGCUGCAGGACAAGGAACAGAACCUGAAGCAAGCAGAGAUCAUCCCUCAACUCAUGGCAGAGUGUGAGAGCAUCACCGAGAAACUACAGGCUGCUGAGGUGAAGAACAAGGACCUGGAGGAUAGGAUGGAGGGUCUUCAGGCCGACAUCGAGGACAGCCAGUCCAAGCAGGGCAACAUGAAGGGAGAGCUGAAGAAGUUCAUGGACGUCCUGGAUGGGAAGAUUGAUGAGCUGCACGAGUUCAGGCAGGGCCUGUCCAAACUAGGGCUGGAUAACUGAGGGAGGAAGAGACAGAGGAGAGGAGAGAGGGAUGGAGGGAUGACCGGUUAGAGAUGGAGGUUUUAGAAAUACCUUCAGGACAGGACUCUGUGGCGCCACGCCCCCAAAGUGGAGACCACACUGAACCAAUCAGCUGUAAACACACUACACAGUACAGAGAGGGAGGGAGGGGGGGGGGUUGAGAGAGGCCAGGGCAGGCAGGGGAUCACCUGAUGGUUCCAUCUGGUGUAUCAGUCAGUCAGUGUUCUGGAACUAGAACCUAGAGUCUUCUCUCUGGUUACUGCUCUGUCUCUGUGGGGGGGGGAGACCGGUUCCAGUUCUAGAACAGGUGACAGGUUCUAUAGUUCUGUCUGUUGUUUCUACAGGCUGAACUAAGAGGGAAGAAAGGCUUUAAAAAGGGCUACAUGUAUUUAAACUACAGCUAAUGCAGUACAACCACAGAUACGUAAUGAUCCCACACUAUCCUACUGGUCUCUUUAUGACAUGAGGGAAAUAUAGAAGAUAUACACUCUUUAAGACUUGUCUUUAUAUUGUGGCUUCAUGUCGAUCUCAGGUGUGUUUAAAGACAGUUUGUUACUUGUUAGUUAAUAUGCGAAUACAUGACACGGCGGUGUCAUCAAGUGCCUCAGGAGAACCGGCCAAACUAGACGGAUGAUGACCAUGCAUCACCAUAGUAAUGCACUAAUUAAAUAUUGCUAUGAAAAUUAAAAAUGUUUAAACCGUUAAUUUAAGGAAUCAUAGUAGUGUGACAACCACAACAGGACAACCACCACAACAACAACAGCCACCACAACAAUGACUACAACAGGACAACAACAACAGGACAAUAACAACAGGAUGACAACAACAACAGGACAACAACACGAUGACAUCAACAGGACAAUAACAUCAACAAUAACAACAACAGGACAAUAACAUCAACAACACACGACGACGACAACAACAACAACAACAGGACAAAAUGAGAAGAAGAGGAGAAAAAAGGAGAAAAAUCUUGUUUGAAAAAAGUAGUUCUGUUGAUGAUGUCAUAAUGACGAUGACGUCAUAAUGACGAGACCGUGAAGGGAAUGAACAGAUGUUUGGUUCAAUAACAGAAGUUUCAAGGGUUUCGGUAAACAUUAACGUUUUGAAUCUGCAGCACUGUAAUGUAAUGCGCAUAAGAAAUGAAGACGAGGCUCCUUUUUAGAAAUGUGAAUAGAUGAAACCAGGACUUUAUAGUCCGAGGAGGCAGAGAAACCCUAAACUAUGCUAGAUAACCCAUUUGUAACGAGUGCAAUGUUUAAUGAGGAUUUUGCAUGUGUGUAAUACUUCAUAUUUCUUUCUGUCAGUUUUCUAGAACAAAAGUAUGAAGUAUGUCUUUAAAAUCUGUUGUUCAUAUAGGAUAUGUGCUUCCUCCACUACUUUGGUCUGUUUGUUUUAUUAGUCUGGUCAGUGGGGAUAUUUUAGGAGGGACUUGGUUGUUGCUGCUGGCUGGGUGAACUAUAAACUAGGAACUAUGGGGAAGAAUACUUUAUGAAAACAACACAUGAGAUCUGGGCCUUUAAAUCAACCCUGUGAGAUCUCUUUAGUUUGAGUUAUUCUGCUGAUUUUCUUUGUGUUUUGUGCCUAUUACAUUUAAUCUCUCUCUCUAUGGAAGUGGCCCCAGUAUAUAUGACAACAUUACCUAUUACAUUUAAUCUCUCUCUCUAUGGAAGUGGCCCCAGUAUAUAUGACAACAUUACCUUAAUGUGUGGAUGUUUCUCUACAGAUGAUAUUAUAUGUUCCCAUGUUUCUGGGCUCAACUUUUAUAUUAUAUAAUAUUUUGGGAGUGGGUGUGAUGGUGUGAUGAUAUUAUAUAUUAUAUAGUCCCUCCGUUUAAAAACAAAACGCACCCAGAAGUCUACCUUUUACAGAACGCAGUCAUGAUGAAUUGUAUUUGAAUAUUGUACUACAGACACAUCUUGUUGUGGGACAUCUGUGAGUAACACCAUGAUACAAGUGGAUAGAUUUCUAUCACUUGUUUUGAGAAAUGUUUUCACAAGAUGGGAGUGUGUCUACGGACGGACUGUAUAACUUUCCCCUGUUCCUCAUGUAACCACGACAUCCUCUGUGUGUACAGACUUCCAAUAGGCUGAACCUGAUCCAUAUAGCUCCUUCUCCUUCCUGUCAAUCAGAAUGACUCCACUUCUGUGACUCCUGGUCAAUAUUGUACCAUAUAGAAUUGACAGUUGUUCAAAUAUAGUUUAAUUACAAAUAUGUGGUCUGUGACUCUUCUGUCUCCAUACA